CACCUCCACGACAAAUCCGCCAUGGAAUGGACUCGAAGAUUCGCGCACUGAUUAACAGUUUAAAAAUCUUUAAAAAGCUUCGGGAGGAGCCCUAAAAUCUCUUGCACUGAGGAGAUAUGGAGGAGAGGGAGUGGGCGAUUUGUCUCCGGAUUCUCUCGCUCGGUGCCGGCCGGGAUUCCUCGGCGAUCGACACGGCCGACACCUCGGUUCGCGAUGCGGUGGAAAGGCUCAAUGCGAUGUGUAAGAGUGAAGGGAACGAGGAUUUGGUGACGAGAGUUUAUCCCGCCAUGACGAAGCUCUUCCAGCGAUGCUGUUCUUCGUCGACACAACGUCCCAGCACCGCUCUAGUUGCGCUGGCUAUAUUACAGUUUUUUCUGGAUCAUGGAGAGACUGUUCUUCACGAUGCGGAUCCAAGUUUGCGAGCUUUUUUUCGCUCAUGCCUCGUCAAGCAAUAUGCAGAUCCUGCUGUAGCAGCUGCGACUGUGGCUUUCCUAAAUCACAACAAGAUGAAGCUUUUGCUUUCCUAUUCGAGUGUUCUUCCUCAGUUCUUUCCUUUGCUCCUCAAGGUGAUUGCUUGGAGAGAUGAAACCCUCGACACACCAUUUUUGCAGCUGUUUCCCGCGCUCAUGGGGCCGCCGUCAUUUUUGCAGCUGUUCUUGGCUCUUCUGGACCUGCCGACUUUGGUCCUGGCUCUGGAGAGUCUAGAACAACGCACUGGAUCUCUACACGGAAACAUGGGAAACAUUCGAAAGAACCCGGCACCCGAGGCACUUCUGGCAUUGAUGGACGAAGCUUACACAGGAACUUUCAUUGAUGGGGGCGACGAUUCCAGCAAAGAAGGCUCUGGAAGAAAUUCGCAUUACGAGGCAGAUGAUCUGUUUUCGGACCUCUUGAAAGAUGAAAACGAAGGCUUAGCGGAACGUCAUUGGUCGUAUCCUGGAAUGAAGGCCACGUUGGAAGCAGCAAUGGGGUCUGUACAAUCCAACAAGCUUAAACACGCUCUGAAAUUUAGCCCGCAGCUUUUGCAAGUCUAUUUCGACAUCGCAUUGCGAGACGUGAGCGAUUCACUACUCUGCGCUCUUUUACCUAUGGUAUUCUUCAGAAUCGAUGCCAUGUUUCCGGAUAAGGCAUUUUCAAUCGAGGUCCAACAAACGUGUUUUCAGUUUAUUCACGCUUGCUUUAAGAAAUCUCCUCAAUUCAUUGCUCUUUUGAAGAAGCCCAUCACGGACAGCGUCAGUCAACCUCAAACAAGUGACGGCAAAACUGAGCUUGCUUUGCAACUAUGCUGGGCGAUUGGAGAACAUGGAGGUGGUGGUACGCAUUUUAAGGAUGCUGCAAGAGAGCUCUUUGAAACUCUGGAGCUGGUUCUCUACGAAAACCUCUCGUCAAGGCGUAAAACUUCUGCCGUCCCGGCCCAGUCCCGGCUGCUAUGUUUUGUCAUAACCGCCAUAGCAAAGCUUGCAACGUGCCAUCGAGAGCUCUCACCUAGAGCUCGAGUGUGCCUUGCCAAGGUGGCACGAUCACAUCAGCUACUCGAUAAGAUCGUCUGGAGAAGAGCUCGUGACUACCUAGGUCUGAUGCACGACCACGCGAUUUGCUCGUCAAUCUUGGGUGGCCAGCACAGGCCUGGAACGGUGGAAUGGAGCAAAGCUCAAACACUGGCAGUCGCCAACAUCCCGUUUUAUCUCCUCGACGAACGAGAAGGUUUGCCAUUCCACGACUUCUCCUUCUCAGACAUCAUCGGCCAAAGUGUAGCUUCUUAAAACACGCAAAAACUCUUUACAGACUUCAAGGUAAAAGAGAAGCUAAGCUCUCGAGUUGGAACUUUUUCCAACAAACAAACUAUUCUGCGGCCUCCUGGUUGUUAUCUCCACCCAAACUUCCUUCUUCCAGAUCCAACUCCGCAGACUUGCUAUCUUCGUCCAACUUAUCCUGCUCGUUGUCCUCUUCGACUCCUUCCUCCAAAUUCUUCUCGUCCUCCUCUUUUGAAUCAUCUUCAUCUUUCGAAGACUCCUCAGUCGUCCUCGCCUCCUCGUCUUCUUUCUCGUCUUCCAGAGCUGUCGAGUUUCGGGCCUUGGGAUCCUCAUCCUCCAGACCCGACACGAAUUCCUUCGCUUCCGGUUUCUUCACCCCAGCGCCACCACCCGUUUGAGCCAACUUCAGCUUCUCCUCGAGCUCACGAAUCUGCUGCUUGAGCUCCCGCAGCUCCUCGGCGCUGUGCUGCAUCUUCCCCAACUGCUCCUUGAGCUCCUCGAUCUCCUCCUCCUUGCUUUGCACGGUCUCCUCCAAGUUCCUCUUCCUGUCCUCGGUGGAACCCCGGUACUUCUCGAGCUGGGCAAGCUGCGAGUUCAAGCUACUGGUAUCAGUCGCAAGCUUGCUCUUCUCGGCUCGGAGGCUAGACACUGUUCUUUGCAGCUGCUCGGACGACUUGAGAACCUCCUGCCAAGAGCAAAAGGAAAAGAAAAAACUCGUGUAAGUUCGUCCUCGACGACUAAUCAAGUCCUUAAGAGAAGAUAGAGCGAAAGAAAGAAAGACCACUUA